ACUUCUCUCAGCGUAAAAAGAGCAGGACCAAAUCAGAGACCUGUCCCUCAGUGCUUUUGGUAAGCUGCUGGCGCUGCUGUUCUUGCAAUGUUGAGAUAAGGAGGGUUGUGAUGCCAUGGAGACAACUGUGUUCCCAGCCCUCCAUGGUGACUGAAUCCCUUUCAGCUCUUUAAGAAGAGAAAAUAUGGAUCAUUCUCAGUAUUUUUAGCAGCUUUUUAUUUCUUAAAUUCUUUUCCUGUAAUGGUGUGUCUUAUUUGCUGAUAUGGUUAACCCAGCUUUGUAUCCAUAUACACAAGGAACUUUGAAGAAAAUGGACCUGUUUCCAUAACCAGGGACCAUUUGGUUUAUGAAGAAGCUGUUUCUGAUCAGAGGAAUCUGUAUGACCACUAAAAGGAGUUUGUUGUUUUAAAACUGGGGCUCUGUGUAUAGUUAAAUUACUCCAAGCCCGCCUUCCCGCCCUGUGGAAGAAGCGGAGGAAGGGAAUUGUUGCAAACCUGUUGCUAUGGCCACGUAGCAGGGCUGAGCUGCUUGUGCGGCUGGAAUCCUGCUGCAUCAGCUGCUGCUCGUCUUGCAGAAUUGAUCUGAACCUGGAGGAUGAAGUCCAGCCUAAUGCAUUUGGUUCCCCCUGUGAGGAGAGAAAGAAUAAUCUCCCAGUUUCCCAAGUGGUACACACCUGAGGCCUGCCUGCAGUUUAAAGAGCACUUCCAUGCACAGGUCAGGACUGCUUGUCAGCAGAGCACUGCAACAGCUGGGCUGAAAAUAUCCAAAGUUGUUGUGGUAGGAGACCUGUAUGUUGGGAAGACCAGUCUCAUCAACAGAUUUUGUAAAGAUAAUUUUGACCGAGACUACAAGGCGACCAUUGGAGUAGAUUUUGAGAUUGAACGUUUUGAGAUAAUUGGAAUGCCAUAUAACCUCCAGAUAUGGGACACAGCAGGUCAGGAGAAGUUCAAGUGCAUUGCAUCUGCUUACUACCGAGGAGCAGAGGUUAUAAUAACUGUGUUUGAUCUGGCUGAUAUCCAAACCUUGGAUCACACCAAACAGUGGCUAGAAGAUGCAUUGAAGGAGAAUGAGCCAGAUUCCAGUUUCAUCUUUCUGGUUGGAACAAAAAAAGAUUUGGUGUCAGAUGCUGUGUGUGAAAGGACAGAGCUGGAUGCCAUCCGUUUUGCCAAGGAGAUGCAGGCAGAAUACUGGUCAGUCUCAGCCAAAACAGGAGAAAAUGUCAAAGAAUUCUUUUCCCGAGUUGCUGCCUUGGCCUUUGAACAGUCCAUGAUAAAGGAGCUGGAGAACACUCCUGGGCACAGGGCCCAAAUUGGGGCAGGAAAUCUCAUCAAACUGGAGAAGAACAUUAUGGAAGCUCCAGAAGACAAGGCUCAAGUCAGCCUGAGUUGCUGCUAACUGUCAACUGUUUCUACAAGAGCCACACUUCUCUGCAACAAUGCUCUCAAACAAGAAAGGGAGAAAUUUAAUUUUAGAAGUGAAGGAGAAAAAACUUACCCAAACUUUUUUGCUGAGAGUUCCCUUGCUGCUGCAGGCUCCCAGUGCAGGGUGGUACAAUUGUUAUGUAAACCUUCCUCUGUGUAGUUGAAACAUAGCAUCCUUGUCUUAAUGCAGGAAGACAUUGCCAGGGGCUCACCUGUCUGCCAGAAAGGCUUGUAGUCAAAACCCAUGUCAUUUUAGUGUGUUGUUUUUUGAUAAUUCUCUAGAAAUCUUAGCUAGUGAAGUGGCAUUCUUGUGGGAGCAGGAAACAAGUGGCAGUUCAGAAUGAAGGGUGCUAUCAAUGUGUUUUGCCUUUUAAAGUCAUCAUGUAAAAAAACCCUUGAUUUGCUUUUAUGCAUAACAAGUAUAUUAAAACUGUCUGAAAAUAAGAUUUAAGUAUCAGGACUGGAAAUACACAAAUGCAGACUGUAUAGUUUCCACUGUGGUUUCUCCAUCCAGGAAAAAUGUGUAUUACUUUUCACUUUCCACUUGAGAAUCAGAGCCCAGUAUUAAAUAUUUCCAAGGGUAAAAGAAGUCCAGGUAGGAACUUGGUUGUUUUAAAACAGCUGUCUAGUAUUUUGAAAAUGUUGCCAGAUAAGAAUGCUAUUCUUCUCCAUUCUCUUAAAUAAGAAAGGUGCAUUAUAUGGAAAACAUAUUAUUUCCUUAAUUUUUCCAGUAGCUCUCUGAACUCUAAUACUCUAUUGUAUCUAGCUUAGAAUUCCAUGCUUCUAGGAUUCACAUCCAGAAUGUGGAUGGCAUAAAAAUAAUAAAAUUAAAAAAAAAAAAGUGCUUUAAAUUUCAUACUUCAGUUAUUUUAAAUGGAGAGAGGAGAAAACCUAUGAGCAGUUACAAGGUACAAGUUUUUGAGGUAUUUAUUCAAUCUUUGCAGAAGCAACAGACU